UGUUGGGCAGCUGAAAAGUAAAUAAACCGCGAUUCACUCUCAUUGCAAGAUUGAUCGUCGAGCAAGACGGACGUGAUUUGGUGUUUUGGUGUACCAAUUUCGGUCGCUCCCGUUAAGUUCUAGCGUUUUUGGUUCUGAUCUUGUUUCGCGGUGGUACAUUGUUAUGAAAAUCGGUUUUCCGUUGCGUUCGCGUUUUGUGAACUAACCAUAGGAACCUCAACCCUAUGCGGCAUCGUCACACGACGAAUUGGAAACAGGAAAAAACGCAUUGGUUUCGUUUCGUGUUUGUGCUCCGGAAUGUGUUAUGUGCUACCAGCCCCAACUCACGUAAUACUCGUGUGAACAAUUUUGUUACCCCAUUCAACAACAGCUUGGAAACAGUGAAGAUUGCGGAAAAACGCGAUCAUCGUGCUCUCGGAAAACCUCCAGACUCCGCACGGUGAACAGUUGUCCAACACAGCCGACAGUGCCUAUCUAUUUUCCAGACCGUUCGCUUGCGAGCGCCAAAACCAUAAAUUAAAAGUGAAACUCUCGAUUCGAGACGCGGUCAUCCACGUUCAUCGCCUGCCUGCCUGCCCAUCGGAUCCCACAUAUAGACAUACACACACAGAAAACUCUUGAGCACGGAUCCAUCCUUGUACGAGACCACGAGGGUGGCCACCGACGAUCGGUAGUGCGGAAAAUCGCCUUCAAUAUCGUAUCAUAGUAGUAUCACAUAAAAGUGUGCGAAACCCCGGGAGUGAUUUUGGGUGGUAAAACAAGAAGACAUAGCGAUAUCCGACGACAAAACAAAACAAGACGCGUCUCGUGCGAAUGAUAGCAUCAUAAUCGGCUGAUAGAAAAUUAAUUCGCUUCUAGUGGAAGUCACUAACAUUGGACGUCACUAAAAAUGGCCUUCUUCAAGAGCAUUUGGAAGAACAACUCCAAGCACAAAAAACUGUGCGAAGAAAUGGCGCUUGCCAACAACAUCCGGGACUUUUCGGAUAAUCACGAAGAGCUGGAAGAUGGGUUCGAUGAUGCCAUUUCAUACAGUGUAAAGUAUUUGGGAAAUACAACAAUUCCGACCCCACGGUCUGACAGUUCAACGGCGGAUGCCGUGAAACGAAUCAUUACUGCAGCUAAAGGUACCAAAAAACUUCAACGAGUGACUCUUUCCAUUUCACCGAAGGGCAUCGAAAUGGUGGAUGUGGCUCUGGGUGAAACGCUACUUCAAAUAUCGAUCUACAACAUCUCCUAUUGCUCGGCUGAUGCCGCCCACGAUCAUGUAUUUGCAUUCGUCGGAACGACCACCACCCCGGAGUCGGAGGUGAAGGAGAUGAGCUUCCGGAAGGAUACCGAAGAGGUGGAGUUCGAGGGUCCCCUCGUGUGUUACGCUUUCCUUUGCCAGAAGCGAAAGAUGGCACAAACCGUAACGUUAACGGUGGCACGCAGUUUUGAGCGGGCGUAUCAGAUUUGGCAGAACAAGCAAUUCCACGCCGAGCGCAAGAGAAAACAGCUGGAGAAGCUGAACGCGAACAAUCGAGCUAGCAGUAGUACCGCAAUGAACAGAGCCGGAAGUGGCGGUCUGCUUAAGCCGAAAGAAUCGAAAGACGAAGCCGACAGCAAAAGUUUGCUGAUUGAUUUCAACUCAGGCACGGCGGACGAGAUUUGCUCCAAAGACCAUCGGGAUUUGCUGCAAAAUACUUGGGUAUCAUUUGACGAUGAUCAAUCACCACAAGACUUCUUUGCAGUGCCAAAUCUGAACACCGCCGGUAGUUGGAGUAGGACGGAAAUUUGCUCAAAUUGAAGUAGAUCAAAUGGUCUAACUGACCCCUAGUGAUAACUAUUUUAACUGUCAUUGCUCAUUAAAGAUAUAAAAAAGAAAACAAUCUACUUGAAAAACAAAUGCCUUAACGUAAUUGUGAUAUGUGACAUUGGGAUAUUUUAAAGUUAUUUUACGCAACAUGAAUAAAUGUAGAAAUUAUAUAUUAAUA